GAGUUGUCGCAUGCGCGUUUGGGAUGGAACUAAUAGUAGGCGGGGCUGCAGUUUGCUGCGCUCUAAAUGGGGUCAUGAGUUGGCUGAUGAGGAUGUGUCUGUGGAGACAGUGGAGGCCGUGUACAGCCGUCCUCACGCGCUACAGAGGGAUAAGCGGAGAUCCGCUAGCUCUAACUGCCAAACUGCAAACUCAGCUUUCCAACCUUCUACAAGAGCAUGACUCUCUGCUAAAGAGUGCCAACCGACCAGAGGCCUCAAAAACGUCCGAAGAGGAGCACGCAAAGACUUUUCGUAGACUUUCUUACCUCGAGAGGCUCGCCAAACUAGCCCAGCAGUUGCAACAGAAGAAAGAGGCAAUAAAAUACUGCUCACCAAUAUCUCUAUGUCGACGCUAUAUGUAUCUAUUGGCAGGAAAGGGUAGAACUGGAGGUGAUGUUACGUGAUGAUUCCUCACUUGCUGAAGAGGUGAGGCAAGAGAUACUAGAAUGUGACCAGGACCUCAGGGCCCUCGAGGGAGCUAUAGUACGGGAGAUGAUUCCUAGAGACCAGAGCGAUGACCAUAGUGCUGUGCUGGAAGUACGAGCAGCUGCAGGUGGUACGGAAUCAUCACUCUUUACCUCAGAGAUGUUUGCUAUGUACCAAAAGUAUGCAGCAUAUAGGAAGUGGGGAUUUGAGACGUUAUCUGUCAGUGAGAGUGAACUCGGGGGCUACAAACAGGCAAGUGCCAGUGUAACAGGGACUGGGGUGUAUGGCAGGCUCAAGUACGAGGCCGGGGUCCACCGAGUGCAGCGUGUGCCUGCCACAGAGACCCACGGUCGACUUCACACCAGCACCAUGUCCGUGGCCGUCCUGCCACAGCCUAGAGACAUCGAGGUGGUCCUGAACACCAACGACAUCAAGGUGGACACUUUCAGAGCCGCCGGUGCUGGUGGGCAGCAUGUCAACACCACAGACAGUGCUGUGAGACUGACACACAAGCCUACUGGGAUAGUGGUCAGUAUCCAGGACCAACGCUCACAGCACCAGAACAAAGCCAAGGCCAUGAAGCUGCUCCAGGCACUGAUCUAUGAACAGCAACGCAAGACAGCCGUGGAGGAGCGUGACGAGAAACGGCGGCAGCAAAUUGGCUCUGGAGAGAGAUCUGAGAGAAUUCGAACGUACAAUUUCCCUCAGGAUCGUGUGACUGAGCAUCGUUUGGGGGUCACAGUGUGGGGAGUGGCAGGGUUCAUGAGCGGGACCGACUCACUGGACAAUCUACUGGAGCAACUUAGUGCACACGACCUUCAGGAAAACCUCACUAGACUAAUGGAGUGACUGAUCAGUUCAUUUCACUUCACAGUUCAAUUUAUGAUUUUAAAAUACGCAAUGUAUAAUAAUACAUACAAUGAGGAAAAUGCAGUCCAGACAUCUUCGGCUUUGCUUCACUUAUAGCAGAAUGUGUGAGGUGGUAACUCAA